AUGGAUUUCGCCUCACUGCCGAGGAUUUCUGCAAUGACGGCUGCCAGCCGAACUCUAGAUGCGGCAGUCCUACAUAAGUACUACUCGCCCAGCGCAGGCCUACAGAAGAACAUCUCAAGAAAUAAUACUUACGGCGGUGGGGAGCCCAAGGAUCUACCACUGGCACCCCUGACGCAUCUGAAUCUCGCAUUCGUCAACUUUGGAAGCGAUUACAAAUUGAUAGACGAGCAUUCUGAGUGGGUACGACGGCUUGUCCUCAGAAAGGUCAAGUAUCCCAACUUGCGGAUCAACAUCGCUAUCGGAGGAUGGGCGUUCAACAACCCUCCGACAUCAACCUACCUCUCAGACAUGGCAUCGAGUUACGAUGGCCGAAGAACAUUUAUCCGGUCUGUGGUCAAUUAUCUGCGGAACUAUGGCUUGGACGGCGUCGACAUCGACUGGGAGUACCCUGGUGCUCUCGACCGAGAUGGUCGUCUCCAAGAUGUCAACUCUUAUGUGCAACUGCUAGCAGAAUUGCGAGAUGCCUUCGAAGACGAAGGCUCCGGAUGGGAAAUAUCAAUCGCAAUCCCCAGCAGCUACUGGUAUCUUCGAGGGUUCAAUCUUGAAAAUCUCCAGCGGCAAGACAUUCUCGGCAUGUGGGAUGAAGAUAAUGAGUGGACUGGUCCCUACCUCAGAGGCCACACAGACUGGGACAUGAUCGAAAACGACCUCGGCCUGCUCUGGCGCAACGGCAUUCACCCUGAGAAUGUCGUCAUGGGGUUUGGCUUUUACGGCCGAUCCUUCACGAUGUCGGACCCCAGUUGCUUCCGACCUGACGGUGUCUGUCGCUUCAGAACUGGAGGCAUGCCUGGCUCCUGCUCUGUUGCGGCUGGCGUCUUGACCUACCAGGAGAUUGCCAGUUGUAACAGCAGCCUCGAUGUUCAGACAUUUUACGACCCAGACAGAACGGUCCUGUACAACGUGUUCGAAGGAAGCCAGUGGGUGUCGUACGACAAUGCUGUUUCCUUCAAGGCCAAGCUCGAACGUCUUUCCAGCAGAUGUCUCAGCGGUCCCAUGAUCUGA